AUGGAAUACCCACACCGCCGAAUACCAUUCACCAUGGAAUACCCACACCGCCGAAUACCAUUCACCAUGGAAUACCCACACCACCGAAUACCAUUCACCAUGAAAUACCCACACCGCCGAAUACCAUUCACCAUGGAAUACCCACACCGCCGAAUACCAUUCACCAUGGAAUACCCACACCGCCGAAUACCAUUCACCAUGGAAUACCCACACCGCCGAAUACCAUUCACCAUGGAAUACCCACACCGCCGAAUACCAUUCACCAUGGAAUACCCACACCGCCGAAUACCAUUCACCAUGGAAUACCCACACCACCGAAUACCAUUCACCAUGAAAUACCCACACCGCCGAAUACCAUUCACCAUGGAAUACCCACACCGCCGAAUACCAUUCACCAUGGAAUACCCACACCGCCGAAUACCAUUCACCAUGGAAUACCCACACCGCCGAAUACCAUUCACCAUGGAAUACCCACACCGCCGAAUACCAUUCACCAUGGAAUACCCACACCGCCGAAUACCAUUCACCAUGGAAUACCCACACCGCCGAAUACCAUUCACCAUGGAAUACCCACACCACCGAAUACCAUUCACCAUGGAAUACCCACACCACCGAAUACCAUUCACCAUGGAAUACCCACACCACUGA